GGCAGGGGCGCGGGGGUCCGCCCCGCGGGUGCAGGCUGCCUCGCCCAGGAGGGGGAGGGGUCUUUGCGCCCCCUCCGUCUCCGCCGACAGCCGCGUGGCCCCAGGCAGCCUCUCUCGAGUCCCCCGACUGGCUGUGCAGGAGGAGCCCCCAGACCCCGGCGAGGUCGGGCCUCGUGUGUCCCCAGGGGCUGCUUCUGCUCGGAUGGGGGUGCUGCACCAUAGGGACUGACAGGAGGAGCCGGGGCAGGGGCGCUGACCGCCGGCCACCGGGAGCUGUGGCCUGUGCGCCGGCGGUGGACAACAGCAGCCGUGGACCCCAGGGCUCUGUGCUGGGACCGAGGUGGGGGCGAGGCCGCAGGCCCAGAGGUCCAGACGUCCCUGAGUCCCUGGGCCCAGGUCCGAUUCCGGCUCCCAGUCGCAUGGACCCUUGGAGUCCACACUGCUGGCUCCGAGGACGCCUGGGUUGGUCCCCACUCUGGCUUUGGCUGGCCUCGGCCUGGCCGCCGUGGGUAUGCAGGGAGUGACCAGCAGGUGGGCGCUCUCGCCGUCUGCCUCUCAGAAACCAAUAUCUGCGAACGAGCCAGUUACGGGUGGGCCGGGGCUUGGUGGCCGGAGGGUCCAGAGGCCCAGGGGAUCUGGCAGCGGAACGCCAGGACCAGACGCCCCAGCGAUGAGCAGUUCCCCUGUCUCCAGAGUCGUGUACAACGGCAGGAGGAACAGCAGCCCCCGCUCGCCCUCCAGCAGCAGCGAGAUCUUCACCCCGGCCCACGAGGAGAAUGUGCGCUUCAUCUACGAGGCCUGGCAGGGCGUGGAGAGAGACCUGCGGAGCCGGCUGGCAGGCAGCGAGCGGGGCCUGGUGGAGGAGUACGUGGAGAAGGUCCCCAACCCCAGCCUGAAGAGCUUCAAGCCCAUCGACCUGAGUGACCUGAAGCGCCGCAGCACGCCGGACACCAAGAAGUCCUAAGGCCGGGGCAUGGGGUGUGCCUGCCGUCGCCCUGCCUGUCCUGUGGGCCACUGGGGUUGACCGCCAAGCCCCCCCCCGAGCCCUGAGCCCCCCUCUUCCUCUGGGGGGGUUGCAGGCUGCCCUGUCGCUGAGGGGGCCGGGCCCCGCCAGCCCUGCCUCCCCCGCCCCAGCCCCUCUUCCCAUCACCUGCUGUAGCCCCCAGCUCCCUGGCCACCGCAGGAUCCGGAGAGGGGAGAGGGCCUUUGUUCCCCAGGCGGGACUUGUCCUGGAGGUGGCCAGGAAGGAGAACAAGGCUGCCCCCGCCCCCCGGCCCCUGCUCGGGCUUCCCACGGACCCCAGCCCUCCUCUGGCCUGGACACCGCCCAGCCCCCUCCUUGCCUCGGCUCCAGGAUGACCCUGGCUCCCGGCACCUGGGACACUGCUGGAUUCCCCAGAGGGGUCCCCAGCAACGAGGCCUGGCCCCCGGGGUCUGUGGCCACAGUCGCCCCCCUGGGCAGGGUGCCGAGGCUGACCAAGGUGGUGGUGCUGCCGGCUGUCCUGGCUCUCUGGCACGUGCUGGGAGGGUCACCCGGCCCCUUCUCCCUGUGCCCCCGGAAGCCGGAUGUCUGUGGCCCCGGAGGUUGAGGACCCUUCAAUAAACGCAGGUGCACAGGGUCGGCCUCGUGGUCGCAACUCCCAGCCGGGGGCGUGGGCCUCUGGGAGCUGGCCUGGGAGGCAGCGGGCGCCCCCACUGUGCACAGGGGUCUGGCUGCUGGGCUGACCUGACGCACUUGACCU